GGCCGUGCACCUGCCGCGCUCGGACCGCACCGCGCCGCGCCGCGCUGUGCUGUGCCAUACCGAGCCGAGCCGGGCAGACGCUCCGCGGGCAGCCCCGCCCCGGCCCGCCCCCCCCGGGCGGUGGCGGGGCCAGUGGGCGGGGGCCGGGCGGAGCGGGGCGCACGGAUCGGCUCGGCACAGCGCGGCUCGGCUCCGCUCCGCUCUCCCGCCAUGGCAUCCAAGUGCCCCAAGUGCGACAAGACCGUGUACUUCGCCGAGAAGGUGUCCUCCCUGGGCAAGGAUUGGCACAAGUUCUGCCUGAAGUGUGAGCGCUGCAACAAGACCCUGACCCCAGGCGGGCAUGCUGAGCAUGAUGGGAAGCCCUUCUGCCACAAGCCCUGCUACGCCACGCUGUUUGGCCCCAAAGGAGUGAACAUUGGUGGUGCUGGGUCCUACAUCUAUGAGAAGCCGCAGAUCGAGGGACAGACUGCACCGGGACCCAUUGAGCACCCAGUGAAGGUGGAGGAGAGGAAGGUGAACGCUGCACCUCCCAAGGGGCCCAGCAAAGCUUCCAGUGUCACCACCUUCACUGGGGAGCCCAACAUGUGCCCGCGCUGCGGCAAGAGAGUCUACUUUGCCGAGAAGGUGACUUCACUGGGGAAGGACUGGCACCGUCCCUGCCUACGCUGUGAGCGCUGCAGCAAGACACUGACCCCGGGGGGCCAUGCUGAGCAUGAUGGACAGCCAUACUGCCACAAGCCCUGCUACGGAAUCCUCUUUGGGCCAAAGGGUGUGAACACCGGAGGUGUGGGAAGCUACAUCUACGACAAAGACCCCGAAGUGAAGAACCAGCCCUAGACAGCAUCCCCCUGCCCACCUGCCUGCUCUGUGCCCCUGUACUAACCUCCUGCUCACAGCUGGAGCAGACCCUCGCCAGGCUGGCCACGGAGCUGUGCUCUCUCUGCUGUCUCUACUCAGGGCAGGAUGGCCCUGCCCCCCGGGUUAUAUAUCAUAGUCUCUAAUAUAAGCUUCAGUGUUUAAAGGUAGAAGGUAUCUCUGAUGGUUCCCAAUGUGCUUUGCCCUCCUCAGCCUCCCACCAGUCCCCUGAGUGCAGGAGGCAGUGGGGGAGUGUGGGGAUGUCACCAUGUGUAGGGGACAGUGGGUGGCACCUGAGGGGCUGAAAGUGGGGGAGGGUGGUGGCAGGAGUCCCACCAUGGGAGGGUGCUCCCUACUGCCCCCUGCACAGAGGGCGAUGGAGCUGUGAAGGCGUCCCACAGCACUUGGGAAGGUUGGUGGUCAGGGCACCCAGCCCUGUUCCUUGCUAGCCACUGGGGAAAUGCAUGUCCCUGAGGGCUCUGGUCCAUCUGGCAGCACUGCCCUUCUCCUGGCACUUCCCAGGCUCCAUGCCCUGGUUCUCACUGUCCGUAGGGCCCAUUGCCAACCCCAGCUGCUGUUGGGGUUGCAGGGUCUGGCACCUCCCUCCAUCCCCACCCUUGCACUCCCAGGGCAUCCCUCUAUAUCCACCCAGGCAGGUGCCCAACCCACUCUGUCAGCUGGUUUGGGCUGGUGGCCCCCCAACCUGGUCCUCCAUGGUGGCAGAGCCCAUGCUGGGGGGGCACCCAGUGGCCAUGGGCUGCUCCCCACCUUCGGAGGGCAGAGCGCAUUGGGCUGGCGGGUUGGCAACAGGAUUCCCACCUGCUCCACAGAGCUGGAGAUUUCUCGUUGUUGUUUAUUUAUAAGCAGUUGUAACUGUGCCCCUCGCUUUGGAGAAUGACAUGUGCCCCCCUGUCUCACCCAUACCCCCCGCACACACCCAGCCCCACUGCUGCCCAGGAGGCUGGGGAGGGGGCUGGUGCAGGGGACCCACCAGGGUGGUGAGCCCUGGGGUGCCAGCACCCUGCUCUCUCCAGGCUCCCUGUGCUGCCACGGGGCUGACUUUUGUUAUUUGCUGACAAUAAAGGUUUUGAGAGAUGCGU